AUGAUAUUCGUCAGUCAUCAGCCACCACCACAACACUUCGUCACCUCCGCCAUCAAACCGUCACGACGCUUCGCCGCAUAGAGAGGGUAAUUAAAGAGAUGAGGUUGAUAGUGCACAACAUGCUGACUUGCAACAUCAAGGGAGUGGUUAACAAGUUCCCUCUACGGAUCGAAGCAGAGAAGGUGAUCAAGAAGGAGGUCGAUUUCAACCCUGAUUUUCUCAGGCACAUGCUGGCCAAGAUCGAGUGGAAGGCUCUGGUAGACGGUGCACGUUCCAUGGGAUACACCGAGCUUCCUGAUCAGCUGGAAUCAGAGGAAUCAUAUUCAUUCCUCAAGAAGUUUCACCACGCGUUGCUCGAGCUCCACCUCGAGGAAGGCUCGCUCGUCUGCCAAGAAACCGGUAGGAAGUUUCCAGUCGAGAAAGGAGUCCCCAACAUGCUUCUCCACGAGGAUGAAGUUUAAAAAGGCAGAACAAAACUAUCACUGCAUUGUGUUAUGUCUGAAAAAUAUAACAUACGGUGUUGUAUCAGAGCAUUGAGUUCUUGUCGUUGCUGCUUCAUUUCUUUGAGUCUUUUUCAUGCCUUUUGGUGGUAUGUGGAAUUGUGGAAUAAGGAUGAUUUAAGGAUGUGCACCGUUACAAAGCUA